AAAACAUGCAUGUAUUUCUCUUUGUGUCUAUAAAGGCGCAUGGGUUCAGUGUAAUUAAUUCUAUUCAAAGAUUAAUUAUUAAAUGAGCAAGUUCUGUUACUAUAGAAAAAGAAGUAGAAUUUCAACUUCAACCUUGUAUGUAUGUCCAACAACACUUGCAUAAACUACAAAUAAAAUGAGACCAGGUAAUAAUACGGGUAUAGGGUUGAGGAAAGGUGCAUGGACUGCUGAUGAAGAUAUGCUUCUCAAGAAAUGCAUCGAGAAAUACGGAGAGGGGAAAUGGCAUCUCGUUCCUUUAAGAACAGGUUUAAACAGAUGUAGAAAGAGUUGUAGGCUACGAUGGUUAAAUUAUCUAAGACCAAAUAUAAAAAGAGGUGAUUUUGGUGAAGAUGAAGUUGAUCUCAUGCUUAGGCUUCACAAGCUAUUAGGGAACAGGUGGUCAUUGAUAGCGGGGAGAAUACCUGGAAGAACUGCUAAUGAUGUGAAAAACUACUGGAAUACUCAUCUUCGCUCUAAUUCCAAACAGAAGAAAGAAUCAAAAGACAAUAAAUCACUACAAGACACCAUGGUCACUACUAUUAAGCCUCAACCACAUACCUUCUCCAAAACCCUAAAGCAGUACAUGGCCGACAACCCACAGAUUGUAGCUCAUAAUGGAAGUAACAUAUUAAGAUCUUCAAAGGAUGGUGUUAACAAUAACUUGAAUAUGUCAUUAGGGUCAAUCUUGUCACCAAAUGUACUAGAUAACACGAUUAAUGAGUAUCUAGACGAUUUAUUAUUUGAUGAUCGUGAAAACGAAAUGAACAAUCAAAUUGGGUGGUCAUUUGGUGUUUCUAUGAACGGAGAGACCUCACAUGUUAUGGCGCAAGAAGAUGACUACAAAGGUCUAUUUGAUUUCCCCGUAGACGAGGCAAUGUGGGACCUCACAGAUUAAGAUUAACUAUAACUUUUAAACAUCCUUUUCACCUGUAGGUUCAUGUAUUUACUCAAACAAAUAAAGGUGGUAUCGAUCUAUCAAUUGUUACAUGA